UGUAUUGCUAUUUAAUAUUAACAAUAAUGAAUUGAAUAGUAUUACUGUUAAUAUUGUUAAAUGUUAAGUGUGAAUAUAUAUAUAUAUAUAAACUUGAAGUCUAUUAUUUUGUUUCCACUCACCCAAAUUCUUGGGUCCCCUGUUGCUGCUGCUGCAGAUGAUGUAGUGAUUCAAGACCACUUGUUUUUAAAUUCUAUUUUUUUUAGAAAUUCUGAUUUUUAUAAAAAUCAAUCCAAUGACAAUGAAAUCCCCACUUUACUAAAAAUAGAAAAAAAAGCAAACCCACAUCAAGUCUUCCUAUAUAAAUCCUUUCACCUAAUUACCCAAUUCAGAUAAACUCAUUGAGAGAGAUAGACAGAGAAUUAAGUGGCUGGCUAGAUAUGAAUAAUAUGAGUGAUAGUCCAGAGCUAGACUUCGGUGUGGGUGCCUCGGAAUUCUUCCUCUCAGACAAUUUCUUCCCAACUCCUCCGACCACCUUCGAGGAGCUUAACAAUUACAACGUCACCACCACCGCGGAUGAUUUUUUAUACGACGAUUUUGUGCCAUUACAACUUGAAUGUUCAGAAAUCAACGUCAUGUACAGUGAUACCAGCGCUGUUGCUACUUGGGAAGAUAAUAUAGUGCCAUUAGAAGCAUGUGCGGUGGAGCGGAUUCAAUCAACGUCGACGGAGAUGCCGGAAAAUGUAGUAGCCGAGCAUGAUGAUGUUCUAAACGUGAAGAAGGCUCGCGCACCAUCGAAACAUGGAAGAUAUAGAGGAGUGCGAAGAAGGCCGUGGGGGACCUUCGCAGCGGAGAUUAGGGUCGCGAAGAAGAAGGGCAGUAGAAGUUGGAUCGGGACCUACGAGACACCCGAGGAUGCGGCUCUGGCUUAUGACAAAGCCGCCUUCAAAAUGCGCGGCUCGAAAGCGAAGCUCAAUUUCCCACAUUUGCUUGGCUCAGAAGGAUAUGAGCCAACAAGAGUGACGUAUAAGCGUCGUUGGAUGAAGCCUUCCGUGACGUCGUCGCACUCAUCUUCUUCAGCAGUACAGACUGAAUCUCAAUCGCGGAGGAAUGCUGAAUCUAAAUCACGGAGGUUGAAUCAAAUAGCCUCGGCGGCUUCAGCCAUGCUAGAGAAGCUAAAACAAAUUAUCAAUGUAUGAUGCAUAAACUGGAUUACAAGACAAAAUCGAUCCAACAAGGUAUGUAUAUAUAACUACAUAAAUAGUAAGAUUUGAACA